AGGGCGCGGUGGGAGUUGUAGUUCUUUCUUUCCUUCAGACGUUGCGAGUCCAGGGCGGGUGGUUUGGCUGACGAACUACGAUUCCCAGCGUGCCUAGGGCCCCGGUCUCGCGCGAUUUGAGCCUGGCUUGCGAACCGGACUACUGGACACCGGCUGUGGGGGCGGGGAGGAAUGGGUCCGUGGGCUUGGCAGUGUGUGGGGUGACCGGGAGCUGGCGGGACAGGAGCUGCUCUUAACGGCUGUGGCGAGCUCCCGCUGACCAGGGGUAGGGCGCUCUGAGGCCCGACGAGGCGCCCAUGCUGUCACUGGCCGCCUGCAAUCCCCAGGCUCCAACAUGGAGUUCUCGGGAAUGCCAAACGUCCGGCGUGUUUGGAUGGGCUCUCGCGUCACGCGCGGCCUGGGCUCAGGGACGAGGAUGACGCAGAGGCAUUCGAGUGGCUUCGCAUCCCGCUGCUACUUGGCGCGUCCCGCGUGUUCACUUGUUCAGGCCGAGGAGUCGGAGGCUGGGGAACAUCGCCCCACUGCAGGCUGAGCUCACGUCCCUAGCUGGCACCUGCUUUAGUCCCCAGCCCUACUGCCGGCAGCCCAGGCGACCCGGGGGCAAAAAACACGUUCUCCUUUGUGUUGCAUCCUGUGCGUUUUUUGCCGUGAGGCCCGAGUAGCAGGGGUGGUGAGGAGCUUACGUUGCAGUUGGCUGAAAGUUUAGGGGUUUUGUGUCCUGACUGCAAAACUGAAGCUUUUGCUGAAUGGGUGGCCAGCAUCGAAAUGUUCAACCUUUUAGUGAUGAAGAUGCAUCAAUAGAAACAAUGAGCCAUUGCAGUGGUUACAGUGAUCCUUCCAGUUUUGCUGAGGAUGGACCAGAAGUCCUUGAUGAGGAAGGAUCUCAGGAAGACUUAGAGUACAAGUUGAAAGGAUUAAUUGACCUAACCCUGGAUAAGAGUGCAAAGACAAGGCAAGCAGCUCUUGAAGGUAUUAAAAAUGCCCUGGCUUCAAAAAUGCUUUGUGAAUUUAUUCUGGAAAGAAGAAUGACUUUAACUGAUAGCAUUGAACGCUGUUUGAAAAAAGGGAAGAGUGACGAGCAACGUGCAGCUGCAGCAUUAGCAUCUGUUCUUUGUAUUCAGCUGGGCCCUGGAAUUGAAAGUGAAGAGAUUUUAAAAACUCUUGGACCAAUCCUAAAGAAAAUAAUUUGUGAUGGGACAGCUAGUAUCCAGGCAAGACAAACUUGUGCGACUUGCUUUGGUGUUUGCUGUUUUAUUGCCACAGAUGACAUUACUGAGCUGUAUUCAACUCUAGAAUGUUUGGAAAGUAUCUUCACCAAGUCCUAUAUCAAAGAGAAAGACACUAAUGUUCUCUGCAGCACCCCUAGCACAGUGCUUCAUAUCAGCUCGCUGCUUGCCUGGACAUUGUUACUGACCAUAUGCCCAAUCAGCGAGGUUAAGAAAAAGCUUGAAAUGCAUUUUCAUAAACUUCCAAGCCUCCUCUCUUGUGAUGAUGUAAACAUGAGAAUAGCUGCUGGUGAAUCUUUGGCACUUCUUUUUGAGUUGGCCAGAGGGAUUGAGAGUGACUUUUUUUAUGAGGACAUGGAGUCUUUGACUCAGAUGCUUAGGGCUUUGGCCACAGAUGGAAAUAAACACCGAGCCAAGGUGGACAAGAGGAAGCAGCGAUCAGUUUUCCGAGAUGUCCUGAGGGCUGUGGAGGAACGGGAUUUUCCAACAGAAACUGUUAAAUUUGGUCCUGAACGCAUGUAUAUUGAUAGCUGGGUAAAAAAGCACACCUAUGACACCUUUAAGGAGAUCCUUGGAUCUGGGAUGCAGUAUCACUUGCAGUCAAAUGAAUUCCUUCGCAAUGUGUUUGAGCUGGGACCCCCGGUGAUGCUUGAUGCUGCAACACUUAAAACGAUGAAGAUUUCUCGUUUUGAAAGGCAUUUAUAUAACUCUGCAGCAUUUAAAGCUCGAACAAAAGCUCGAAGCAAAUGUCGAGAUAAGAGAGCAGAUGUUGGAGAAUUCUUCUAGAUUUUCAGCACUUGAAGAUUUAAAAUUAUUUUUCUUUCGUUAUUUCUAAUGUAUUUAAACUUUAGAGACAGUUUUUAUAUUGGGUCAACUUAGAUAAUUUUUGUAGCAGGGGUUAUAUUAUAAUUUAAUAUACAUAUUGCUUAUGGUAAGUUCUGAUCACUGACUUCUGUGUAAAUAUAAUCAGUAAAUAUGAAUAAAAUGUUUGUAAUGUUUGGUCCUAAUCUAUUUAUGAAGAGAGCGAAAAUACAACAUUUCACAUGAUUUCAUGAAAAGAAAAAUUAUCAGCCAAAGUUUCAUUUCUUAUACAUGUGGUUGUCAAAAAUUCAGGUUGAUGAUAAUAAUAUAUACAAAUACACUAUCUUAAAUAAGAGUUCUAGAAAAAAUUUUGGGGAGCUAGUUCCUCUGGAGAAGCUGCUGUAUUUUUACUUUGAAAUGUAAAGUAGUUAACUUUGUCAGUGGAUCAGCAAAAGGAAUGACGCCACCAGCCCUUUGUCCUGCUUGGGAGUCCACAGAGCCCACGGCGGGUGGGCCAGGUGGUGGCUGAUCUUACGCUCUGAGAGCAGCGACCCUGAUUUUACCUGCUGAAUGAGACCUCGUGCUUUUGACUUUGAAAUAAAGACCUUUUCACAUGGAA